AUGCCACCUCCACUCCCCGGAAAGGCUGCACCCAGAUUCAACCCUAAUGAAAGGUGUGAAUUUCAUGCUAAUUCUCCCGGACACACACUGGAGAAGUGCUGGGCUUUAAAACACAAGGUUCAAGACUUGAUAGAGUCAGGGGCAAUCGCCUUCGACGAACCCAGUGUGAAAACGAAUCCCAUGCCUCAUCAUGAUGGCACAGUUAAUGCAAUCGAAGUCGUUACUGAGCAAGAGUUAGUUCAACAACGGAGUUCCCCCAUAGAUGCCCUUAAAAGGAUUAUCCUAGUCGGAGCUCCAUACCCUGUGGACAAAAAGAAAGCAGUCCCUUGGGAAUAUAAUUCUGGCACUAAUACUGUCGUAACAAACAUUGUUGGGCCUGGGGGUAUGACUCGUAGUGGUCGCAUAUUCAAGACUGCACAACCUAAUGAAAACCUGGCGCAAGCCAGUAGUCAGACCGCUGCAAUCCCAACUGAAGAAGGCAUGUCCAAGGAUAAAUUGGCCACCAAUAAAGAUGCUGAAGAGUUCUUGGCGUUGAUCAAAAAGAGUGAUUAUAGGGUGGUUGACCAGUUGCAAGAGACACCGUCAAAAAUAUCGCUCCUCUCGCUACUAGUACACUCAGAGAAACAUCGAGACGCCUUGAUGAAAAUCUUAAACGCCGCUCAUGUAACCAAAGACAUCACUGUAAACCAAUUCGAUGGAAUGGUGGCUAAUCUCACCGCUGGGGUGUGUUUAGGAUUCAGUGGUCAUGAGCUACCUCCACAAGGGAAGGAGCAUAACAAAGCCUUUCAUAUCUCCAUACAAUGUGGUAAAGCUCACCUAUCUAGGGUUCUGAUUGAUACAGGUUCGUCAUUAAACGUGAUGCCAAAAGCUACUCUCGAUAAAAUAGCUUUGGAAGGCCUAGUAGUUAGACCAAGUCAUCUGGUAGUCAAAGCCUUCGAUGGAUCACAAAGUCCGGUGUUCGGAGAAGUAGACCUCCCUGUAGUAGUUGGUCCUUACACUUUCUGCAUCAAUUUCCAAGUGACGGAGUUUGAACCAGCUUAUACUUGCUUAUUGGGACGUCCCUGGAUUCACGAUGCUGGGGCAGUUACCUCCACUCUUCAUCAUAAAAUAAAAUUUGUGGAUGGGAACUCUAUAGUGACCGUCAAUGGGGAGGAGGACAUAUUUGCUAGUAAUCUGGAUUCGUACCGAUACAUCGAGGCUGGAGAAGGGGCAUUAGAAACCGCGUUCCAAGCGUUAGAGAUUGCAACUGCUGUCACACUACCGGUAGAGAAGAUACGAAGGGCGGUAACAUCCUGGAGAGACCUGCAAGACUUGAAUAUGGAAGGCUAG